CCAGCGUCUUAGUCCUGUAGGCCGAUUCACGCGUAGACUCGGCAUAAUCUGCCUUGCAAACAGGUACCUUUCAUCGAUAAUGGGUUCGUCUAGGACUAUUGCGGGAUAAUUACUUUCGUCAUGAAUUUGUUCAUCGAAUACUCCUCCUUUCUAUCCAUGAUUGAGAAUACCGUACAUAGGUAGAGAAUAGUAACCCUCAAAGUUUAUUGUUCAGUUCAGGUCGACAGGUAGUAGGUAGGUUAGCAAAUCGCGCCCAGCCAUGGGAAGCCGAAACGGCGACAACCCGCAUAUAGGUAUCGUGGGUGCGGGUGUAUCCGGACUUCGAUGCGCGGAUAUCCUCUUAUCUCACGGCUUCAAGGUAACGAUUCUCGAGGCCAGGAAUAGGAUCGGUGGAAGAAUAUGCCAAUCAGAUGAGUUGGGCUACACCGUUGACAUCGGCCCAAAUUGGAUUCACACUUGGGACAGCGGCGACGUGCAUCCGAUCCUAAAACUUGCAGUCGAGACUCAAACGCCUCUUCAUCAUUGGAACGGGAAGCAACUCAUCUAUAACUCGUCGGGCAAUAAAGUGCCAGAGGAAAAGUCUGAGAGGCUCUCAACUCUCUUAUGGGAGAUAAUCGAAAAGGCUUUCAAGACUAGCGAGGCUGCCCGGGAGAAGGAUAAGGGGAAGAGCAUCCCACGAGAAGAGUCUUUAUACGAUUUCAUCAGCAAGAGAGCAACAGAGGAGCUGGAAGAUGAGGAAGACCGACAAGUCCUCAUCCAAAUGAGUGAGAUGUGGGGUGCUUACGUCGGCGAGCCUGUCUGGAAACAGAGUCUGAGAUUCGCUUGGAUGGAGGAAUGCUGUGGCGGCGAAGAAGUCUUCGUCGAGUCAAGCUAUUCUGCGAUCCUAGAUAGGAUCGCAAAGGCGGCAACCGAACAAGCCGAGGUCAUACUCAAUGCUAAAGUCACAUCAAUUAACACUGCGCAUCACGAUAAGUCUCAGAAGAAGGCUAUUCUGAGAAUAGAGAACGGGAAUGAGUACAAGUUCGACCAAGUUGUGAUGGCGACACCUCUAGGAUGGCUCCAAAAGAAUAUGGAUAGCUUCGAACCCGCUUUGCCGUCGAGGUUGAGUUCUGCCUUCCACAAUCUGAAGCUUUCGCAACUCGAGAAAGUAUUCAUUACGUUUCCUUCCGCGUUUUGGAUCUCGGAUACAACGGCCGACUCAUUCCCUGCCUACACAAACUGGCUUACACCAUCGUAUGCCCACGAUACCAACCCACACGGCUGGCCCCAGGAGAUCUGGAACCUUGCCGCUCUCGCCGCACCCAACAAACACCCUACUAUCCUCUUCUACCUAUACGGUGACUGCUCGCGCCACAUUGUCAACGCGAUACACGGCCGGCCAAAAGCCGAGAACUUUACCUUCCUACGAGACUUCUUCCAGCCCUACUAUUCACGGCUACCAGGUUACGACGUCGCCAGCGAAGCUUGUAUUCCAAAAGCGAUCCUAGCUACGGAGUGGCUCAAGGACGACCUGUGUGGCAACGCGAGCUACUGCAAUUUUCAGGUCGGCGUCGAGGAGGCGGAUCAGGAUAUCCUUACGAUCCGACAAGGAUGCGUUGACCGCGGACUGUGGUUUUGCGGCGAACACGCAGCCCCGUUCGAGGAAUCUGGUACUGUUGCUGGCGCGUAUCUCUCCGGGGAAUCGGUUGGCAGGAGGAUUGUGGAAUUGUAUAAAGAUGAAUCCAAUACAGCAGAGUAACUGUUAUUGUCUUGGGUGGAUUAUAUUCUUAGUAAGUCAGGAUAUCAUGUAUCUACCUAGGUAGGCACCUUACGUAUACGAACUUAAAGAUAGAGACAACAAUAAACUGCCUAUCCAUCGUGAGGCCUUUACCUACUCACCUAGGGAGGCAGUCUACCCAUUAUGCCUACAUCUAACCCUAUAAGUAUACGUAACUGCGUAUUUUAUUAUCAUGCAUCCCCGAGGAUGUCAUCGGCCGCUUUCUCAGCCAACAUAUAAACCCCUAUUACGGGAUACAGCCCC